CGUCUCCGCACUCCGCAUCUUUCUGUCCAUCAUCGCUCACACCUCGCAAUUACCUUCCUGUGUAUUACUUCUUUCCUGUAAUAUAAUUCCAAGAUGACAGAACGCCUCAAGUCCAUCGUGUCGCAAAUCGCGCCCUCGACAAGCGGAUUGGCGACAAUCACUACCAAAAAUCCCGACGACAUUGUAAUAACCCUCGCGGUCCGCACACCCCUUACAAAAGGCCACAAGGGCGGCUUGAAAGACACACCUCUUGAUGGAAUCCUCGUAAAGACGCUCAAGCAAGUCGUCGCAAGGUCGAAUCUCGAUCCCGCUCUUGUAGAGGAUAUUUGCUGCGGCAAUGUGUCCGAUUCGAAAGCUGCAUACUACGUCCGUGCUGCUAUGCUGGGCGCAGGGUUUCCCAACACCACCGCUGGGUCUUCCGUGAACCGCUUCUGCUCAUCGGGAUUGAAGGCGGUGCAGGAUAUCGCGAACCAGAUCUCCGUAGGCAGCAUUGAGAUUGGCAUUGGUAUGGGCGUGGAAAGUAUGACGGCAGGUGGUGACAAGCUGGAGAGGCCGUUUGUCGACGAAAUCACCUCAGUGCAAGAAGGAAACGACUGUAUGCAACCUAUGGGACAGACCUCAGAGAACGUCGGAAACGAUUUCAACAUCAGCCGCGAGAGACAAGAUAGGUUUGCUGCCGAGUCCUACCGAAGGGCCGAGGUCGCGCAAAAGGCAGGCUGGUUCGAUGACGAAAUCGUGCCCAUCACAACGACCAUCAAAGACCCCAAGACUGGUGAAGAGAAGACUGUUACUCUUACCAAGGACGAGGGUAUCCGUCCCGGCACCACAUUCGAAGCCCUGCAGAAGAUUCGCCCAGCCUUCCUUCCCCACGGUGAUAAAUCACACGCUGGAAACUCGUCGCAGGUCACUGACGGCUGCGCCGCCGUCCUGCUCAUGAAGCGCUCCACCGCACAAAAGCUCGGCCAGCCCAUCCUCGCCAAGUAUGUCGGUGCAACAGUCGCUGGCCUCGCACCAAGGAUCAUGGGUAUCGGUCCGUCCGUCGCGAUCCCGAAGCUGCUCACCAAGUUCAACAUCACACUCGAUGAUGUCGAUAUCAUUGAGAUAAAUGAGGCUUUUGCAUCAAUGGCUGUGUACUGCCAAGAGACACUCAAGAUCGAUCCUGCCAAGAUGAACGUUAGAGGUGGCGCCAUUGCGCUCGGUCACCCGCUCGGCUGCACAGGUUCGCGACAAAUUGUCACUGGUCUCAGCGAGUGUCGCCGACAGAAGAAGAAGGUCCUGUUGACGAGCAUGUGCAUUGGAACAGGAAUGGGUAUGGCGGGGCUCUUUGUUAAUGAGCAGAACGUUUGAGACUUGUUUAAAUAGGCAUCUUAAGUUUAGCAAUUGAUGAUUUGUAUAUUGGGACCGACAUGGAACUACGUAAUGGAUUGACUUGCUGCACACGGUCUUGUCUUGCUCUUUCACCCCAGUAUUAU